UAUUCCUGUAAGAAAUUUCUUUUAAGUUUUCUUGUUUUUUUAUCUCUCUGUUAUCAAUGUCCUGACAAUUUAGAAGGCAAAAUUCCCAAGCUCUGACAUGUCUGCCUCACUGUGCAACUAAAAGUUCCUGCGGAUAUAUUUUUUAACUCAAUUAGUUAUGUUUGGUGGAUCUUGUGGUGGAGGUGAGCAGUUGGUGUCAGCUGCUCGAGAAGCUCGUGAAGAAAGAGCUGCUGCACGCCAGAGAGAAGCUGCUGCUGUCUUAGUACAAGCCACAGUACGUGGCUUCAUAACGCGCAAGAAGUUCCUGAGGAAAGUGAGGGGUGAUUUUGACUCAGUACUUGGAAGCUUCAGCAGCUGCAGCACAGGCACAGAUGUUGAACUUCCACUUCCACUGCAAGCUUUCACUGUUGCUUCCCCUCUCAUCAGACACUACAAUUCCAAGCAGGAUGAAUUCCGGCUCCACAAUUACUGCAGAUAUUUAGUUGCCAGCCUACGUAGCACAAAUUUUCAGCGGCGCUGUGUUGCUUGUGCAUUGAGCAAAGACAACACUCUUGCUUGGAUCCGACACAUGAAGCAGGUCCUGGAACUGUCAUGCCUCUCCCUUGAGCAUUUGAGUGGGGAAGUGAGCAGUGAGAGUCGCAUGUUGUCGGUAUUGCUCCACUUACUCUUGGAUCUCACUGCAACGCUGACAUGGCCUCCAACACCAUCACCUCUAGUGCCACCUCUCAACAAGCUCACUCAAAACUUUUUACAGCACCUUGUCACUUCUAGUCUGUACUCCACUCUCAAGCAAGUGCUUCUGAGGGGCUUGUGCCGGAGCAAGCCAGUGUUGAGACCAGCAUCUUUGGGCGCGGUGCUCACUCUGGCAUUGCGACCGCUGCCUGAUAGCCUUGCUAUAUCCCAGCUAUGUAGUCAAGUCACCAACACUACUAUGAAGCCUGGCACAAGUGGUCUCAACUCAAACGGCCCGUCUAAAGAGUCCGGAGAUGUUGAGCUUCUGUCACAAUUUAUACUGCAGUUCCUAAGUGUGCCUGCCGUGAUACGUCAUCUCUCAAGCAUGGUUCCUGAGAGCAUUCAGUUGCUGGAGAAGAAGCGCAUCUUUGAGCACUGCAUUGCAUACCUUCACAACGAACAGCAAUUGCGCAUCGUUUUUCACACCUUGGAAGCUUCUUACGCUCUCUGUCUACUCGCGAACUUGGUGCACUUGGCUCAUCAUUAUGUCUCGGCUCACAAUGAAGCAUCCAAGUCUAAUUCUCUGAGUGGCGAAGCUUCUUCUCAUUUCGAAGAAGUUAUGAACAAAUUCAUUUCAAUUGUACGUCGCUUAUUGGAAAAAAGUGGUGAGUAUGUUAGCUGCAAGCAGGGACAACAUGGAGCCAAGUUCAGCGGAUGCAGUGGUGGCGCCACUUCGAGCCAGUGGCACCCAGUGUUGGGUUGGUUUGCUCAGCAGCUUGACCAUUUUCUGCAAGAGAGCCUCGAGUUCGUGAGGCCUCAACUGCAUUUGCUGUGGUCACAACCACUACUUAACUCGCUGUUUGCGGCGUUACCUCCUCUCCUGCCGCCACACGAGGUCAUGGGUGGUGGAGAUCGAAGCAAUUCAAAUGUAAGCACCCCCAGCCGGACUGGUUCUCGUCCUUGGUCGUUGCGGCGUAUUCUGGACAAACGUUUGUCUCUCAAUGCGAGCAGCAGAUCAGCAAAGAAUGGUGCUGCCAACAAGUUGAGUUGCCCUGGCGUUCAGCGCGUGGCCGUCACCUGUUCCCUCUACCAGCUCGCCAUGCAUACUUUGACGCAGCUCAGGAUGGAUGUACUUACUGGGCUUUGCUAUAAAAGCGGCGUAGUGGUGCAGCUAUGGUGGCUGUUGCAGUCUCUUGGGAAUAAUUGUGGACUCAAGACGUUUCUUGAGCAUCUUGCUGUAGCUAGUAAGCCAACAAGCCCAGAAUUUCACAUGCUUAUUUUGUUUUGCGAUGCCACUGCUCAUUUGGUAACCGUUCUAGAUGACCUAGAGAUGUAUGAGCAGCAGAAACCAUUCACUAUCUCAGAUUUCACCGCCAUUGUCUGUUUUUUGAACGCUUUGUGCUACAAACUCAUAGACCAAAGGCUGGUUGACUGCCGUCAUGUUUGGUCAUGCCCUUUAUUUUCGGCAGCUUUGUCUCUCCUUACAUUACUCUUUCGUCGCAAUUCUCGGCGUCCUUUCGUUCCGUCUGAAAAUACUUGGCUCAUACCCGAGCUCAAACUCUCAACUUUCAAAGACAAUUUGAUGAACGGCAACAUUGUCGAACAGGUUAUACUGCAAACUUUGCCUCAUGUUAUACCUCAUGCGGAGCGUGUGUUACUGUUUCGUGCGAACGUGUCUGCUCAGAAAGCAACUCUGGCAUUAGCAUCACCACACCCCUUCACUUUGAUUACAGUCUACAGAUCACGUCUAGUCGAGGACGGAUAUCGUCAGCUCAAUACCCUUUCUCCAAACGCUCUCAAGGGCGUCAUUAGAGUGCGUUUUGUUAACGAACAGGGCCUUGAUGAAGCGGGCAUUGAUCAGGAUGGAGUGUUUAAGGAGUUCUUGGAAGAGACUCUGAAACGCGUCUUAGAUCCCUCUCUGAAUUUGUUCCGAAUGAGCAGCGAAAACCAGCUGUAUCCUAGUCCUUCAUCUGUACUAACAGACAACCACUUAGAAUUGUUCGAAUUUACUGGCAAGAUGCUAGGCAAGGCUCUGUACGAAGGCAUCGUUGUGGAUUGUCCUUUUGCUGGGUUCUUCUUGAGCCAAGUGAUAGGCGAGCAGCAGUCAGCCUUGUAUUCCAGUAUUGAUCAACUCCCAUCUCUCGAUCCUGAGCUGUACAAAAACCUAACUUACAUCAAACACUACGAAGGAAAUGUGGAAGACUUGGGACUCACAUUCUCAUAUGACGAGGAACGUAUGGGUGAGCUUGUUAGUCAUGAACUGCGCCCGGCUGGAAAGAUACUUCCUGUCACAAAUGACAAUAGAAUUGUUUACAUUCAUCUUAUGGCUCACUUUAAGAUGCAUACUCAGAUACGUAAUCAAACACGAGCCUUCGUAAAAGGAUUCCGCAGCAUCAUCAACCCUGAGUGGCUGGCCAUGUUCUCCAUCCCUGAACUGCAGCGCAUCAUCUCCGGUGACAAUGUAGCUAUCGACCUCAAAGAUCUGAGGAAACACACGCAAUAUUAUGGCGGGUUCCACGACAACCACCGCGUCGUGUGUUGGCUCUGGGACAUCCUCGAGAAAGAUCUAUCAGCCAAGGAGCUCAGUCUCUUCCUGAAAUUUGUCACGAGUUGCUCCAAGCCUCCGUUGUUGGGUUUUGCGAACUUAGAACCACCGUUUUCUAUUCGGUGUGUCGAAGUUGGCGACGACGAAGACACCGGUGAUACCGUAGGCAGUGUCGUACGAGGGUUCCUAGCUGUCGGCAGACGCGAUCCUGUAAACCGACUACCCACAGCCUCCACAUGCUUCAACCUCCUCAAGCUGCCUAACUACCAGAAGAAGGCCACACUUCGAACAAAGUUAAAGUAUGCUAUUACGAGCAACACGGGCUUCGAGCUCUCAUAAUUUUUGAGCUUCUUCAAUGAGUGCCUUGUUUUCGUUCCGUUGGAUGCGUACAUUUAUUUGUUACAUGCUCCGUUCGUCAAUUAUUGCUCUGCUUGUGUUACUAUUUUUUUGUCUACUUCCAAAUUUUAUAUUCUCACUUUCCUAGGCUCUUUUCGUUCUGACCCUGCAUAUUCUCACGGUUUUCACUUGUUUUCCUUUCACUUUGAAUUCGUUAUUCUCUUCAGGGAUGGCGAUGUUUUGCAAUUAAUUACAAUUAUGUUGUUAUUUCAUUUCCAGUACUUUUCGAUGGUAAGCCUCGAGCUACGUAUAGGUACUAUUUUUGUAGUUAUAAUUGGGCUGUAUUUGUAAAAUAAGCUACAUAAAGUGCAAUGGUCUAAGCAGCAUGGAGCGUGCACUUAGAGAUGAACGUGAGUGCAAGCAGUCAUAUAUGUACGGUCUUUAGUGACGAAGUGGCUCGAUGUAUGGGCUUUCAAAUUACGCUCUGUAAAUUUCUUGCUCUCAAUUUGUAAAAAAUCGUGCAUGUAAUAUCUAUUUAAAAGUAAGUGACAAAUGACAGCUGAAGGAAAUCGGCUUGUAAUUAAUAUAUUUAUCAUAAACGUUAUGUUAGUAAUUAGUGUUAAUUAGUCAUAAUAUCCUGUCUAUGUAUUAUACUAAUGCAGGAAAAUAUCCUAAAACCUCUCCAUGCACUAACGCGCGACUUUAAAAAGGAAUUUCAUUUCAAGAACAUGUAUUUUAUGCAAUGAUAAAUAAUGUAACAUUAUACUUUAACGCUCUAGUUAACGCAAGAAAACCAUUAUUUUGAUUUAAGACGUUCUUAAAUGACCAUCAAAAUUGAUAAUAAAACUCGGUGAAAAUUUAAAAGUUUAUUCUUUUCAGACUUCAUAAUGCACAGUAAACUAUUUAUUUCAA